AUGGUUUCAGUAGAAUCUGAUAUGCAACUAAACAGUGCUGACACGAACGAAGCUAAAGAGUCACUGCUAGACAAUAUACCCAUCAUCAAUUCGGAUGACUCAAGCCCUGAGCAUGAAGACGAAGAAUUCAUUCUUCACUCUAUUGAAAGUGAAGAAGAGAAAAUAAUAGAAAACUCGGAAAUAAUUGAGACUUCUCUUUUCAAAACGGACAACCUCGUUCUACUUGAGUCAGAAAGUCCUAAAAAAAGCAGAGAAUCAAAAGAAGAAGCAAAAGAAAUAGUUAAAAAAUCAGAAAUCAAUGAACAAGGCAUCCAGACUGAAAUCGAUACUGACAAUAUUCAAGACCUGUCAAGCAUCCCAAAUGGCUUGUUAAUGAGCAUAAGGGAUAUAGUUAAAGCCGAAUUAUUGGCAGGAAAAAGCAUUAUCCGCGAAUCCAGCAUCCAGGUUAUACAUGAUGGAAUCGAAUGCGGAAAUUGUAAAGUGGAGCCAGUUGUAGGGGUCCUCUAUCAUUGCAUGGAAUGCAAUUAUUUUUUAUGUGAAACGUGUGAAGAUAGGGUAGAGCACAGCCAUCCGCUCAUAAAAAUUAAAUCGUCGUUUAAUAAGCUGCGAAAAAGAUCUGACUCAUCGUUAGUUAUUGAGCCAGUGAAAAAGCCAAUUAUCCAGCUGCAGCAAGAAAUUAAAAAUGUACAAUAUCCUCCAAUCCAAGCUGACUGCUCUGGGGCUAUGUAUAAAAGGCCUACUGGAAAAGAAAUCCAGAAAAUGGUGAAUAAGCUGAAAGAAUUUGGCUUUAAUGACCCAUUAAAGUGUAUUUCUGCUCUUGUGAAGUCAAAAUACGAUAUUCAAAGUUCUGUAGAUAUUCUUCUGAAAGGGAAGUAA